AUGCAGACUCAGGAGCAUCCCGACCUCUCCUCCCUUCUCCGCGUAGAACGCUCCCCCAAAGCCUUCGGCUCGCGCGCCACCUCCCUCGUCUCUCUCCCCCCCGGCGCCCUCUUCGCACGCAUCACGUCCGCGACCCCUGCCCAAAAAGCCUACACCUCCGUCCAAACCUCGCGCGACACGCACAUCGAGCUGAACUCCGACCUCGUCUUCUGCAACCACUCGUGCGACCCCUCCGUCGAGUUCGACAUGGAGCGCUUCGAGGUGCGGGUGGUUAAAGAUAGGCCUCUGGAAAAGGGGGAACCGGUCACGUUUUUUUAUCCGAGCUCGGAGUGGGAGAUGGCGCAGCCGUUUGAGUGUGAGUGUGGGGGUGAACGGUGUAGGGGCUUGAUCAAGGGGGCGAAGGACAUGGGCGAGAGGGAGCUGGAGGGGUAUUGGUUGAAUGGGCAUAUUGUGGGCUUGUUGGAGGAGAGGAGGGCGGGAAGGAAUGGGGUAGUCAGGGAGUCGAAGGUCUAG